GACUGGACUAAUCUGAUGACCUAUGACCUCCAUGGCGGCUGGGAAAACUUUCUUGGUCACAACUCUCCUCUGUAUCCCAGAUCGGAUGAAACCUACCCCCAAAACCAACUCAACGCUCAUGUUUCCGUGGAGUAUUGGAUCGCUCAAGGGUACGACCCAGCUAACCUCCUCCUGGGAGUGGGUUCAUACGGUCGCUCCUUCACCAUGCAGGACGCCAACAGACAUGACUUGGGGGAUCCCGCUUCUAGAGCAGGGAGUCCAGGGCCAUUUACCAGAGAAAAUGGAUUUUUGGGUUAUUAUGAGGUAUGUCAAAAAGCUUGGCCAAGUGUAUUCAACAAUGAACACAAAGUACCAUAUGCCUACGACACAGUCUCUCUUCAGUGGGUGGGGUACGAUGACAUGACAAGUAUGAGAAUUAAGGCUGAUUAUGUAUGUUCCAAUCAGCUGGGUGGAAUCCAUAUGUGGGCCUUAGACAUGGACGACUUCUCUGGCCAAUUCUGUAAACACGGGAUGAAUUAUCCUCUCCUUAGAACUAUAAACGCUGGUCUUCAAGCAUGUAGUCCCCAGCCUGGUACCCCUGCACCCACUGAUGCACCCACCCAGGCACCCACUCAGGCACCAACUCAAGCGCCAACCCAGGCACCUACUCAAGCACCUACCGCUGCACCAACCCAGGCACCUACUCAAGCACCCACCGCUGCACCAACUCAAGCACCAACCCAGGCACCAACUCAAGCACCUACCGCUGCACCAACUCAAAAACCCACCCAGGCACCUACCGCUUCACCAACUCAAGCACCUACCAAACCACCUACAGCUGCACCAACCAAAGCGCCAACCCAGGCACCUACCAUUGCACCAACUCAAAAACCCACUGAGGCACCUACUGAAGCACCUACCGAUGCACCAACUCAAGCGCCAACAAAGGCACCUACUCAGCCCACAACUACAGCAGCAAGUGGAAAAUUCGUUUGUCCCGAAGAGAGCGGAUAUUUUCCACAUCCAAGAAAUUGUAGAAAGUUCUAUCACUGCGCCAUGAAUAAAGCAUUCAGCAAAAUCUGCCCCAAAGGCAUGUUCUACAACCCACAGACUUACCUCUGCGACUACGAAGACAACGUCCCAUCUUGUGCCAAUGGAAACCCCACAGAAAUAGAUCAAUUCAUAUGUCCCAGCGAUGGCAUCUUCCCCGACCCUGAUGACAACGGAUGUUACUACAACUGCGCCAAUGGUAACCCAUUCCGCACAUGCUGUAUGGACGGCCUGGUCUUUGAUACCCAAGACCUCAUCUGUAGAUUUUCAUUGCAAGAAGAAGCCGAAGUCAUGCACCCAAAGUUUCCCAAAGUUAAGAAAUUGGAGAAGAUUUACUAAAUGAAUAUAUAGAACACUGCUGCGUGUAUAUGAAAAAAAGGUUAUAUGAAUAGAUGGAAUAUUGAUUGAAUAUUGGUUAUUACGGACAACUACGGAUAUACGAAUGAUGGACUCCGCAUUAUCCUACUCAGGGUCACGCCCAGGCCAACCAAAAAGUAACAGGGUCUGAAAGUGAGAUAACCUGUGUUAAAUACUUAUUGCUAGUGUGAUGUCAGUUUAACAGUAAGCAUUGUCAUAGAUGAGCUCAAAGCUUUUCAUUUUUUUCCUGUGGACUUUAAUAUAAUUUUUAAUGUAAGUUAAUUUAUUUUUACAAUCACCAUUUUA